UUCAAUUCGACAAUGUCUCUCCUUUGACCAAACAUAUCAUCAACGCACGUCGCCAGGAACGUAUCUGGAAAAAUAUUUUCUCGCAUAUCAUUGCAUGCUCUGAAAAAUACACACUAAACCAAACAAACCAUAAAAAGCACUCUCUGCAACUAAAAUAUCUCUCUUCCCUUUUUGUACCCUCUCGUCAUCAACACCAUCUUUUCCCAUUAUUGUUUGGGUUUGGUGGGUCUUUCAAGAUUUUUCUCAAGUGGGUCUUGGAGUUUCAAUGGCACCCAUUAGAGGGUUCAAGAGGAGAAAGAAACUAGAGAAAGAAAGUACAGAGCUGACCCAACCCAAGCCCUUCGAUUGGUGGGACAACUUCUCCAAGAGGAUUUCUGGGUCUUUGUACGAAUCAGAUAAUUCAGCUAAAUUUGAAUCUUUUUUCAAGAUUUCCAGAAAGACAUUUAAUUAUAUAUGUUCCCUUGUGAAGGAAGAAAUGAUGGCUAAGCCUGCAAACUUCUUUGAUAUUAACGGAAAGCUUUUGUGUCUAAAUGAUCGAGUUGCUGUUGCUUUAAGAAGGCUGAGCUCUGGUGAGUCAUUAUCAGCUGUUGGAGAUGCAUUAGGGAUAAACCAAUCUACUGUUGCCCAAAUAACCUGGCGGUUUGUGGAAGCCAUGGAAGAAAGAGGACUCCACCAUCUCUAUUGGCCUUCUACAGAAGAAGAGAUGAAUGAGAUUAAGUCCAAAUUUGAGAAAAUCCGGGGCCUUCCGAAUUGUUGUGGUGCCAUUGACACCACACACAUCUUGAUGUGCCUGUCCUCUCUUGACCAAUCAAAUAAAGUAUGGUGUGACGAAGAGAAGAAUCAUAGUAUGAUCCUGCAGGCAAUUGUGGACCCAGAGAUGAGAUUCCGGGACAUUGUCACAGGCUGGCCAGGAAGUGUGACCGACUCCCUUGCGCUCAAAAGCUCAAAUUUCUUUAAUCAUGCUGAAGUAGGGAAGAAACUAAAUGGGACAAAGAUUAAGCUGUCAGAAGGCAUAGAAUUGAGGGAAUAUAUAGUUGGCGACAAAGGGUUUCCCCUUCUGCCAUGGCUUCUCGCUCCUUACCAAGGACAAAACCUUUCCAAAUCUCAGGUCAACUUUAAUAAGCGGCAUUUUGCAACACGAGUGGUGGCACAAAGGGCAUUGUUUAAGUUGAAAAAUACAUGGAGGAUUAUUGAAGGAGUGAUGUGGAAACCCGAUAAGAACAAGUUACCAAGGAUUAUUCUUGUUUGUUGUUUGCUGCACAAUAUUGUCAUUGAUUUGGAGAAUGAGGUGCCAGAUGGGAUGCUUUUGUCUCACCAUCAUGACUCAGGCUAUAAACAACAAGUUUGUGAUUCUACUGACAAGUCUGCCUCUACUCUAAGAGAGAAGCUUUCUCUCUACCUGUCUGGAAGAUUGCCGCCUUGAAAGCAUCUCUCUCCCUAUAUAUAUAUAUAUAUAUAUGUUAUGAAUGACUGACUAUAUUCAAUUGAUCUGAUGACUAACUACUUUUGUGUUUGCUAGAUUGGGGUGUUAUAGUUGUCACAGAAGCUAAUGAUUACUUUGUAUCGAUGAAGUUUUCAAUUUUAAGGCCUUAUUCAAAGCAAACAGUGUAUCUAGUGACAUUAAUUCUCAUAUUUCAAGUUCAGUCUUCAGUUUACAUGGUA